AUGGGCCCCCACCUGUUAACAGUUCGUGGCCAACCAUCAUCAUAUGACGGGUUAAUUAGUAUUGACUGUGGCCUCAGCAGCAACACCACUUACACUGACUCAAUUACAAACAUUCCGUACGUAUCGGAUGACCAGUUCGUAAACACCGGGGUGAAGGCCAACAUCUCCUCAGAUUACAUCACCUCCUCUCUCACGACGCAGUUGUCUACUCUUCGAAGCUUUCCUGAUGGCUUUCGCAAUUGCUACUUGUUGAAUGUGACGCAAGAUUACAACCUUUGGAGAAUCGUGAGCAUCACCGGUCCAAAUGAGGUUUGGCGGCCAGAGGCCAUUUUUGUGGCUUCCGCUGAUACUGUGUCAGUCUAUUUGAUCAAAACUGGAACAGCAAUCCCAUUCAUCUCUGCGUUGGAGCUGAGGCCUCUAGGGAGAAACUUGUAUCCAUUUGCCAACGAAACUCAAACUGUGGCUCUUAGAUAUGGAAAAAACCUGAUGCCUACGACAAAUAGGAACAUAAGGUGA